ACUAUUAUGAAGAACCAGUGUAUGCCCAAACAUGGAGUUAAUAAUGAUAAAGUAGGUCAAAUAGAGCAAGGCGUAUUCAUCGAAGACCACAACGUCAUGUGCUAUAUCGCUUGUGUCUACAAAGCUGCUCUAGUGGUGAAAAACAAUAGGCUCGAUAGGGAUCUAGUGGUCAAACAAAUAGAUGCCUUGUAUCCACAAGACCUACGUGCAGCCGCGAAGAAAGGAGUCGACAAGUGUUUUGAUAUACAGUACAAAUACGACGAUGUGUGCGAAGGCAUUUUCUACUCAACAAAAUGCUUAUAUGAAAGUGAUCCGGCCAGCUUUGUAUUUCCUUAACAUCAUUUAUGAAAUAAAA